UUUAAAACAGAUCAGUCAGUCAGGCAGAGAAACCGUAUUCGCCGCCGGUAACUAAUCACUCCGCGUUUCUGCUUCUCUAUCCAAAUGCUUUAACAAUGCAGAGUUUACGAAUCUCUCAUCUCUUCCGCGCCACCGCCAUUUCUCAUCCUAGAUCUCUUAUCUUCUCUAUCGAAUCGCGUUCUACCGUUACAGAUGAAGCGAAAUUCGUUGAGGCAUCAAGGAAAGGGAACUUAAUUCCACUUCAUAAAUGUAUAUUCUCCGAUCAUUUAACACCGGUGCUUGCUUACAGAUGUUUAGUUCCAGAAGAUGAUAAUGAGACACCGAGCUUUCUAUUUGAAUCUGUUGAGCCAGGAUUUCGUGCUUCGAGUGUUGGUCGGUAUAGUGUGGUUGGUGCACAACCAUCAAUGGAAGUAAUUGUAAAGGAGAAUAACGUGACAAUCAUCGACCAUGAGAAAGGAUGCCUUAUUGAAGAAGUCAUUAAUGAUCCAUUCACAAUUCCAAGAAAUAUUUCAGAAGAUUGGAGACCUCAAUUUAUUGAUGAACUUCCCAAUGCAUUUUGUGGUGGUUGGAUUGGCUAUUUCUCUUAUGACACAGUUCGUUUUGUCGAGAAGAAAAAACUUCCUUUUACAAUGGCACCUAAAGAUGACAGAAAUCUUGCAGAUAUUCAUUUAGGAUUGUAUCAUGAUGUGAUUGUGUUUGAUCAUGUAGAGAAGAAAGUAUAUGCUAUCCAUUGGGUUAGGCUGGAUAACUACCCUUCCAUUGAGGCAGCAUACGAAGAUGGAAGGAAACGACUCGAAAAGUUGAUAUCAAGAGUGCAAGAUAUUGACCCCCCAAGACUAUCCUCUGGCUCUGUUGACUUGUACACUCAUCAUUUUGGUCCAUCUUUGAAGAAAUCAAAUAUGAGCAAAGAUGAAUACAAGAAUGCAGUAUUGCAAGCCAAGGAACAUAUUCUUGCUGGGGAUAUUUUUCAAAUUGUAUUGAGUCAACGUUUUGAACGACGCACUUUCGCUGAUCCUUUUGAAGUUUACCGAGCUUUGAGGGUCGUUAAUCCAAGUCCAUAUAUGAGUUACAUGCAGGUUAGAGGCUGUGUAAUGGUUGCUUCAAGCCCGGAAAUACUCACCAGGGUAAAGAAGAAGAAAAUUAUUAAUCGACCCCUGGCUGGAACUAGCAAAAGAGGGAGGACAAUGGAGGAAGAUGAGAUGUUAGAAAUGCAACUUCUACAAAAUGAAAAACAAUGUGCAGAGCAUAUCAUGCUUGUUGAUUUGGGCCGCAAUGAUGUAGGCAAGGUGUCGAAAUGUGGUUCUGUGAAUGUGGAAAGACUUAUGAAUAUCGAACGCUACUCUCAUGUGAUGCACAUCAGUUCUACGAUUAGUGGAGAAUUGCUUGAUAACUUAACCUGUUGGGAUGCUCUUCGUGCUGCAUUACCUGUUGGGACGGUUAGUGGAGCACCAAAGGUGAAAGCAAUGGAGUUGAUUGAUAAGCUGGAAGUAACAAGACGAGGGCCUUAUGCAGGUGGUUUUGGUGGAAUUUCCUUCACGGGAGAUAUGGAUAUUGCAUUGAGCUUAAGAACGAUUAUUUUUCCAACCGGGACUCACUACAAGGCGAAAGACAAAGAUGUUUUUAAGAAGAAGAAGAAUAUGAGGCAAGACUGGAUUGGCUACAUACAAACCGGUGCUGGGAUUGUUGCAGAUAGUAAUCCUGAUGAUGAAUACACAGAGUGCCAAAACAAGGCAGCAGCUCUCUCCAGAGCCAUUGAUUUGGCUGAAUCCGCUUUUGUCCACAAAUGGUAGUUCGUUAGGGAAUUGUGUGUGAUGCAUUGGUUUGGUUAAUAAAUGUAUUUGGAUUAUUUGAAAAUGACAUUAUUUUGUAUUUAAUAUAUAGUUAAGGGGGUUUGAACAAAAUAUACCACCCGGCCCUGUACACGUUUCAUCUGUCACUAAAUUUAUAAAAUUUAUAAGGAAAGGAUUUCUUA